CCAUCGUUUAUCGGGUGAAACCUAAGCAAGUGUCGGCGGCCGAUUCACGGUACAACUCAAAUAUUAGAAGAAGAAAACAGAAAAAAAGUAAUUAAUAGGAAACAAAAAAUUUGAACAGAGAAAUAAAGGACGACGGAGGACGGGAGGAAGAAGGAUACGUCGAAGAUCUCAGACGUCUCUGCCGGCAAUUUGACGCAAUGGACUAGAGACCGACUAGAUCAGGCGUCUUAUUUUGCUUCCCGUUCCCAUUCAAAGGCCAUGAAUCCUUCUCUCCUUCCCGAAAUCGGUCCCGAUGGCCUCGCCAGAGAAGCCCCUGUUAUCGCCUACACCGAGAAGAUAAUCGAGGAAGAACAGCUUCAAUUACAAAAAUAUAUUCAAGAAAAUUAUUCAAAAAUCCGUGAUGUAGAAAGAGAGUUAGCAAAUCUUUCAUUGGAGGUGAAACUCACAGCAGGGCCUAAAAAGGCAGCACUUGAACACAUCCGGAAGAAAAUAGAAUUAUCAACUGAGAAAAUACGUGUUGCAAAACUGAAGGAAGAGCAAGCACGUAAGGCCUGGGAAGAAGCAUCAAAGGCUGUGAAGGAUGAGGAAGCAAUCAAACAGAAGCUAUGUGAUGAUCUAAGCCAGCUGGUUCAAGAAAGCAGUAACGCUCAAUUUUCUAGACUGGAGGAGCUGAAAAGACGGCUAGAAAAUAUAAACCCAAGCAGGGCUUCUGUUUCUGAUGCACAUGAUGGGAAAGCAGUGCAACCUGCACGGAACAGCACAGCAGCUUCAGAUGCUCCUUCCAAUCCUCAAACAACAAUUUCAGAUGGUAAAACAGUUGAAACUGUACGUCGUCAAGGAAAGGAUGGGAAUGGACCAGCUAUGGACGGUCACAACCAACAACCACCUGUUGAGGGAGAUGGAAGAGGAAAUAAAAGAAUUUUAAAUCCAGGAAGAGGGAGGGGGCUUGGGGCUGUCCCCAAGGGGAGAGGAUCUCCUGGACCUGGCUGGACUGGUGCUGGAUUUGAUGUCGAUGGCAGGAGUUGAGCGAAGGGCCACUUUGGAAUCUCCCUUGUAUGGGCUGAAGCAACAGGAUGGAAGUUCAUCUCUGUCAUCCUAGUUGGUACUGUAUUGAAGCUUCCAUUUUUCCCCCUUCAAUCGUUGGUCAGUGCUUUUCUCAUCGUUGUGAUUUCACCCUUCUAUUAACGAUAAUGUUUGUACGAGAUCUGUUCGUGUGCUCCUUUUCCAUUUCUGAACUGUACAUUGCCAUUAAUUUUCACCAAACAGGCAAAAAUUGCUCAAUUUAUUUUGCUUUUGUUC